UGCUUUGAGAAAUUCGUAUCGCAAGAAGUUAAUACUACUGCUGCUGGAGAUACUGAUGUCGCUACUCCCGGUCAGGGCGUUUUACACGAUGCAUACAGUGAUUCGGAUGAUGCCGAAGGUGGAAAUCCUACCGCAUAUGACCAUCAGGUAUUGUUUUCGUCAUGAAUUAUCGCUAUUUGUCAUAGCGUUUGGCCUGUUGCAAAAACAUUCCUGA